AAAUACUAAUAUCUUAAGACGCAAAGAGGAAAGAACACAUUCUAAUACCCGAGGUCAUAUAAAACGCAUUAAAUAUCCCAACCCCGGUGAACAAGAAACGAACAACAAAUGGAGAUGGCAACGCCCCUCGCUUCUCACUUUCUCUCCACGCUAUUCCUGGUGCUCUUGGUCUGUAGCAACUGCCGUGGAUUCGAGAUCAAAGAGGCCACCAUCGAUGGCAUCCAGCAGGCUUUCAAGGAGGGCAGUCUCACCUCCAGACAGCUGGUGGAGUACUACCUGGACCAGAUCCGGGCCCUCAACCCGCUGCUCCACGCCGUGAUCGAGGUGAACCCCGACGCGGUCCGGCAGGCGGACCGGGCCGACCGGGAGCGGCGGAGCGGGUGCCACCUGAGCGGGGGCCUCCACGGCAUCCCUGUCCUCCUCAAGGACAACAUCGCCACGCGGGACCAGCUCAACAACACCGCUGGCUCGUUCGCCCUCCUGGGAUCGGUGGUGCCGCGCGACGCCGGGGUGGUCCGGCGGCUGAGGGGGGCAGGAGCGGUGAUAUUGGGGAAGGCCAGCCUCAGCGAGUGGGCCUACUUCCGCACCUUGAACGCCCCCGACGGGUGGAGCGCGCGCGGCGGCCAGGGCCGGAAUCCAUACGUACUAUCGGCGGAUCCGUGCGGGUCGAGCAGCGGAUCGGCGAUAACGGCGGCGGCGAACAUGGCGGCGGUGACGCUGGGGACUGAGACGGACGGGUCCAUCAUCUGCCCCGCCGCGUGGAAUUCGGUGGUGGGGAUCAAGCCCACGGUGGGGCUCACCAGCCGGGCAGGGGUCAUCCCAAUAUCCCCAAGGCAGGACACCAUCGGGCCUCUUUGUCGGACAGUCUCAGAUGCUGUCCACGUGUUAGAGGCAAUUGUGGGUUAUGACCCAAGAGAUGAGGAAGCAACCCGAGCGGCAUCCAAGUAUAUACCUCAGGGUGGCUACCAACAGUUCUUAAAGGUGGAGGGCUUGAAGGGCAAAAGGCUGGGAAUUCUAAGAGCCGGCUUCUUUGAAUUUUCUAAAGGAUCUAUCCGGCAGAAGACUUUUGAGGGGCAUUUCAACACAAUGAGAAAAAAGGGAGCUAUAUUGAUCGACAACCUUGAAAUAACAAAUUGGAGUAUCAUCCUUGACUCUCAGCAAAGUGGCGAGAUGGUUGCACUAUUGGCUGAGUUUAAGUUAUCCUUGAAUGCUUACUUGUCAGAGUUGUCCUAUUCUCCUGUUAGGUCUCUUGCAGAUGUAAUAGCCUUCAACAAUGAACAUAGUGUUGAGGAAAGGAUUGAAGAAUUUGGACAACUUAUUUUCUUGGCGGCUCAAAACACAAGUGGGAUUGGGCCUACUGAGAGAAGUGCAAUUGCUAACAUGACUCAACUCUCCAGGAAAGGAUUGGAAAGAUUGAUGAUAGAGAAACAAUUAGAUGCAGUUGUGACACCAGAUGCAAAUAUAUCUCCCAUUCUUGCCAUCGGUGGCUACCCAGGCAUUAGUGUUCCUGCAGGAUAUGAUUUAGAUGGAAAUCCUUUUGGCAUUUGUUUUGCUGGUUUAAAGGGUUCUGAACCAAAAUUAAUCGAGAUUGCUUAUGCUUUUGAACAAACAACAAAUGUCCGAAAACCUCCAUCAUAUAAGCCAUGAAAAGGACAUUAAUUGUUUGGGCUGCAUUUGAUAUAUGAAUAAAAAAAGUGGAACUAGAUGUUAUUUUUAACGGCAAAGUUAUUCUGCAAGUUAUGUUUAUUUA